CGCGGCGUCGGGCGUACAUUAAUACAUACAUACACCCGCUUGCUUCACCACCUCCCUCAGUCAGUCAGUCCCUCUCGCUGGCCCCAGCCCCCAAGGCAUCGUAUGAUCGCCGUCCCGUCCCCUCCUCUCUCGGUCUCUCGUUUGACCUCCCGGAUCCUGAUCCCCUCUCUCCGAUCUCAGACCGCGCGCGACCGAGUCGGUGUGCGUGCGUGUCCAUGGGGAACACGCCGUCGUGCAUACCGCUGGCGCCCGCGGGGGGCGGCGGCGCCUCAUCAUCCUCGUCGGCGGCGGCCACCACCACCAAGGUGAUCCACGCAGACGGCGCCGUCACGCGGCUGGCGCGCCCGGUGCGCGCGUCGGAGCUCAUGCUCGAGCACCCGGGCCAGUUCGUCUGCGACCCCCGCCGCCUCGCGGUCGGCUGCCGCGUCCCCGGCGUGGCCGCCGCCGAGCUCCUCCAGCCGCGCCGCGCCUACUUCCUCCUGCCCAUGGACAUGCUCUACUCCGUGCUCACUGACGAGGAGAUGGCCGCGCUCUCCGAGUCCCACUCCCACGCCGCGUCCUCCUGGAAGAGGAUCGCUGCCGCCGCCCGCCGCCACCACGGACGCCUGCGGAGGUCCGGGAAGGACGAGGCCUGCGGCGGUGGCGCCAGGGUGUGCCCGAUGCUCGGCCUGCUCGAGACCGGCGGUCUCGGCGCAGAUAAUAGCAAGCGUGAUGAAUUACGCGCCAGCCCUGCAGGCAAGUCGGGCGGCGGCGGCGCCGGGUUGAGGCGGCACCGGUCGUGGCAGCCGGUGCUGGACACCAUCGAGGAGGUUCCGUGACGCGGCGGGCGGUUGACCGGCGGCGCGCCGGAGGAGUGAGCAGCUUCGGUUUCGCUGGUGUUAGGCGGGCCGCGGGCGGCUGGCAGCUGGCAGCUAGCUUGAGCUGGCUUCCGAGUGUACAGUAGCUAGCUAGCUUCCAGAUAUUCUUUUUCUCUCGGCCUGUUCCAUUUUUCUUGUAAAGCCAUUGUUUUAGAUCAAGUUGCUUUGAAGCAAACAAGGAGAUAUCAUAGGAUAUGCCGGUGUGUCAUCUACCUGUAAUGAUGUGCAACAACUCAACACAUCGGUUCGUAAUGGUUGCAACUUGAGAGAGAAUGGGAGAUAAAUAAACUUUACAUA